GAAACACUUUUUUGAUGGAGAGACGCAAAAAUAAAAAUGUGAAAGAAAAAAAACCCCAAAAAGAAGAAACAAAAAUCGUUAAUAGAGCCGAUCGAUAUCUUCGCCGCUGAAAUCUGGAGAUUGAUUUGAGAAUUACAGUGACUGAGACUCGUGCCCGUCAUCUGAGAUCGGAAUAUUAAAUCCUGUGAUUUCUCUUACCUGUGAUUUUGUUGACUGUGUUGUAUCAUUUUGUGGUGGUGGAGGAGGAAACUAUUCUCUAGGGUUCUUCUUCUUUAUUUUACAUGUAAGUGAGAAAACUUGAAUCAGAUUACUCGUUCCUUCUACCUAAUCGGACAAAAGGAAACAAACCCCUAUGAUCGGACAAGAGAGAAGAAGAGGUUAGAUCUUCACCGAACUCGAGAUCCCAUCAUCGUACUGUUUGAUUUUUUCCUCUCUCCUUUUUUUUUUUUUUUUUUGUUUUCUCUCUCGCUGGGACUGUGAACAAGGGAUUGCCCCCAAUUAUAACAAGUUCGGAUUGAAGCUGCUCUGUUCUGUGAAGCUGCAAUAAUAACCUCAAAAGUUCCCCUCCUUGGUUUUGAGACAAAAAUGGUUUCGCUACUACUACUACUGUGAGUUCCUUGGAAUCAGAACUGUGUUAUAUAUAUUAGGGGUUUUUUUGUGUGUGUGUGUGUGUAUAUUUAGUGGAUCAAAGAAAGAUGCAUGCUAGGCAACGUAAUCUUGGGAAUGGGUAUAGAUCUGGUUCUAUUGGAAUGGGUUCUCGAAUUUCCCCUGAUCGUCCUAUGAGAGGACAUGGUUUCUAUGGUUCUGAUCACCAGCACCGUGGCUUUAACCGUGGAUACGGACGAGGAAGGGGACGCUCUAAAUCAUACCUGAAUCAGCUGCCUCCGCCUCUCCCUCAUCCACCUGUGCAACGUAGAAGUGGUGGUGGUGGUGGCGACGUUUUCAUGGAGGCAGGUCGUCUAGCAACAGAGUACUUGGUUUCUCAGGGUGUUUUGCCACAAACUGUGCUUUCCAAUAAAUGGCAGAAUGGUAGUAAUUUCAGGAAGCAGUCUGGUGAGUUUCAGAGUUCCAGGUCACAAGAUGCAUCGCGAAUGGAUGCUUCAGCUCCUCCUCCCCCAGAUAAAAGGAGGUAUAUUGAUGGCUAUAGCUCAGCUGGCUCCAGGAAUAGUUUGAAAGGAAGGAGGUCUCACUCUCACCGUUAUGAUUCGGAUUUUGGGAGGAGCGGAUCUUCGUCUGAGAGGAGUAAAGCUUUUGAGGCCGAGACAGGUGAUGACUCUGUGUCUGGGCAUCAAGAAGAGCAGCCACUUGCUGAGGAUAUUGCUAGUUCUGUUCAGCGGUCAGCCUCCGGUGAGUUCAUGAGAAAGCGUGAAGGAGCGGGUGACUCUGAGUCUGUGCUGGACAAGUACAAUCUCCAGGAUGAGGCACAGUCCAAGACAGGUUCCUCAAGUGCCGGGAAAGAGAUAUUACACGAUUGUGAAAUCUCAAAAGUAUCUGAAGGUUCUUCUAGCUUGAGCGCUGGAUCAGGAGAGAUGAAAGGUAGGUCUGUUGGUAAUAAUGGUGGAGAGAAUGAGAACCAGACCGCUACCGAAGAUGGAUCAAUCCAUCAACGUUUUGAAGAUGCAUCUAUUGAUCAGCAUUGUGGGGCUGAUGAAUCACUCACCAAGAGUGAUAUUGAUUUGGCAACACUGUGUAAAUUUGAGAAGGUGCCUACGAGGACACGCUCUUCUCUGACUGCAAAGGGCCCAAGGCAUUAUUUGAGUCAAAAUAUCAGGGAGACCACUCAUAAUUCUGGACUCCUAGAAGAAGAUCAAACCCAAAAACGAUGUGAGACUCGAGACCAAUCAUCUGGAAAAGCUGAUAGUACUGGCGAUGGAAAUAUCAGUGACCAAGCUGAAGCUUCGGCUUUUGUUCAAUUUGUUGAGAACAGUAAAUGUCAUAGGUCUAAUUCUUUCCCCAAUAGCAUUCUCAGGGAUAAUAGUGAGAAAAAUUCAGGAUUAGAAUUGCCUAAUCUGCACAGAUCACAUUUGGUGGGGAAAGUAGGUGAUAAACGGGCUUGUGAAGACAGUGACUUGGAGGAGGCAGCAAAAAGACAGAGAGAUUGGGUUCCUUUGCCAGUUUCUGAAGCCAAUGAACGCCAAACCCAAUGCAAACCUGAAGAAGAAGAAGAAGAAGAGCCAAGCUCAUUCAACAAAAGACUUAUUGACCGUGCUGCUGGAAGAAGGUUCAGCAAUGAAAGUCUGGUUAAUAACUCUACACACACGGGCGAAACAGGUCCUGGGUAUGCUGAAGAACAUCAGCUGUUUCCUGCUUCGUUUAAGAUCUGUGACCUAAAUCUAGGGGGAGCGUCAGAUGUGAAUGAUGGCAAAAGGGGAUCUGGUAAAGCUGUUGAUUUUGAUCUCUCAAUCAGCAGUUCUAGUAAGUCUCUUGAGUUCAGUACCAGUACUCGGAUGAGCAAUGGUAAAGAGAUAGAAGUGAUUGAUUUGGAUGAUGAUUCUCCAGAGGUGGUAAAGUCCAACAAUGAUCAGGGAAGAAAGCAAGAAGCUGCUCCAUAUAUGGGGAUUGAUGAUGUUACAGACUACAAUGAAGGGCUCAUGAUGGUAGAGUUUCUUGAUUCCUUUGGAAACAUUCCUCCAAUAAACCCGGGUAGCAGUAGCGUGGCACAGAAUAACAACGCAGUUAGCCUUCAAGAUCGAGAGGGAGCUAUUGGAAAUGACCAAGUAGUAAAUAACACAGACGAUGAUUCGAUAUUCAUGUCACUGGGCGAAAUACCACUGACAUUCUUGCAAGCUUGGGACCAACCUCCAGCUCGAGGCUACGAGAAGCCUUUCUGAUUCGCCUUAUAUUAUGUAUUUCUCUCUCUCUAUCUCUCUCAGUGUAAUGAGUGUGUAGCCCAUAUCGUUUGCGUUAAUCCUCUGGGAUGUAAGAUUGUGAUGUUUUGUGUUUUAUGAUCGUAACCUUGUAAUCUUCUGUUUAUUCUCCAGUCCAGUGUACCCUAUGUUUUUAGGUUAGUAGUUGAAAGGUAUCAUUCAACUUUUAUAUCAGUCCUAGAACAAUGUAAGAAAAUAACCAAAGCCCCAAGGCAUUAUUAUGAAAUGAUAUUUUGUAGGAA